AGGAAACUCAAGAGUUCGUUUCAGUCUCUGCUAAGACAGUGAGAUAGAUGUGAUGUGUUUCAGGCAGACAGGUAUGAUGUGUGUGUUCAGGUGUGUGUGUGUGUUGCUGUGUGUGUGUGUGUGUGUGUGUCUGAACCUGUUGGAUGAAGCCGUGAUGUUCAGCGGUCCGACAGGAAGUCUGUUUGGAUUCUCCGUUGACUUUCACACCAUCAGUAACAAGUCCUUUGUUGUGAUUGGAGCUCCCAAAGCCAACACCAGCCAAUCAGGAGUGACGGAGGGAGGGAGUGUGUUCCUCUGCCCCUGGUCACCUGGAGGCGGAUCCUGCGACAUCAUCAAAUUUGACCUGGAAGGUGAUGAGGACUACAACAGCUCUGGUCUGUUCUUUCAGUCCUUUAAGAGUCAGCAGUGGUUUGGAGCUUCAGUUCGAUCAGUCAGCAGCUCACACCUACUGGCAUGCGCUCCGCUCUUUCAUUGGAACGUUCAGAUGGGGGAGGCAGAGUCAGGGAAAACACCUGUGGGGAACUGCCUCCUAUUAGACCACAGGACAGGAAGCUCCACCUCCUUCUCCCCCUGCAGAGGAAUCAUGAUGGAGGCCGACUACACCCGCAUGAAAAACAGAAACGACCAGCGCUACUGUGAGGUCGGCUUCAGCGCUGACAUCACAAAGGAGGGUCGACUGGUGCUCGGAGCUCCAGGAAGCUUCUAUUUCCAGGGUCAGGUCUUUACUGUGGGCGUGAGUGACAUCAUCAACAGUGAGCAGAGCAACACUCCCAUCUCGUAUGUGGGGGGCAUCAGCCAAUCAGACGAGAGAGGAAGUUAUGACAUCUACCGUGGUUACUCUGUGACCACUGGUCAGCUGACUGGAGACUCCACACCAGAUUAUGUGGUCGGUGUUCCCAAUGACAGAAACACAGCAGGAACAGUGAAGAUCUACGACGGCAGGAGUAUCGGAUCACUGAGGGUUUCCCACAUCUUCCAGGGAGUUCAGGUGGCAUCAUACUUCGGACACAGUGUGGCUGUGGCCGACAUCAACAGCGACGGUUUGGAUGAUGUGUUGGUUGGAGCUCCUCUCUUCAUGGACAGGGUGAUGGAGCAGCUUCAGGAGAGAGGACAGGUGGUUGUGUACCUGCAGAGAAAAUACACCUCCUUCACCUCUCGACCUGACCAAUCACUGAUCGGCUCCUCCUUGUACGGGCGGUUUGGCUCCGCCCUUGCUGUGCUGGGAGACCUAGACAUGGAUGGUUACCAAGAUGUGGCUGUCGGGGCUCCCUGGUCAGGUGACAGUGGGCAGGGCCAGGUGUUCAUCUACCUGGGCAACAGUAACGGUCUCUCAGCCACGCCCUUUCAGGUGAUUGACAGCCCGUUGCCUUGCAGCAGGACAGCGUUUGGCUUUACUCUGAGGGGAAGGGCUGACAUUGAUGGGAAUGGAUAUCCAGACCUGCUGGUUGGAGCAUGGGCUGCCGACCGAGCUUUUGUCUACAGGUCCCAGGCAGUGAUCCGGUCCAGGGUUUCUCUCACUCUGCUUCCGGACUUCCUGAAUCCAGAUGUCAAACUGUGUCACCAAGGAAACACACCUGUGUCUUGUUUUGUUAUCCAGAUGUGCGUCUAUGUGUCUGGUCACAGAAUCCCACAGGAGACAGCACUGGGGGUGGAGCUACAACUGGACCAGAUGAAACAGCUAAUGGCACGACGGACCUUGCUGCUGUCGACCAAUCAGCCACAGGAUACAAUGAAGCUGGUGGUUCAGAGGGAGGUGGGCAAGACCUGUAUGAAUCAGACUGCCUACCUGAGGUCUGAAGAGGAGGUUCAGGAUAAGUUGAGUCCGAUCUUCAUCACGGUCAACAUCAGCCUCCUCAACACUACCCAACAUGCUUUGCUUCAUGGACAGACACACACUGCUGCACAGACCAGGAUCAUUCUGGACUGUGGAAAUGACAACAUCUGUGUCCCUGACCUGAAGCUGAGAGCUGAACCUGUGUCUGACAGUGUGUUGGUCGGUGAGGAUCAGUCGGUGUUGUUGGCGGUGUUGGCGGAAAACGAGGGUGAGGGGGCAUACGAGACCGAGCUGGUGGUCCGAGUCCCUGAACACACACACUUCCAGAGCAGCCAGGGUGUGAACAGACUGGUGUGUGUUCAGAGGAAGGAGAAUCAGACCAUCGUCGUGACCUGUGACCUCGGAAACCCCAUGACACAAGGACACACAGUGCAGACAGGUCUUCUGUUCAGUGUUGGUCAUCUGGAGGAGGUGGAGAGUCACAUCGGCUUCACCCUCAGGAUCAGGAGUAAGAACUCGGUGAACUCCAGCAGUAACCAGGUCACAGUGAGGAUUCAGGUCAGAGCUGAGGCGACUUUGGAGAUCAGAGGAGGCUCCUCCCCCCCUGAGGUCGUCCUGCCCCUCCCUGACUGGCAGCCUGCAAUGCAUCCUGGGAGCUUAGAAGUGGGUCCACUGGUGGAGCAUGUUUACGAGUUGAGGAACUAUGGUCCGAGUGCGGUGAACGCUCGGCUGACCGUGGACUUCCCCUCCUCCUGGCGACAUCACUUCCUGCUCUACAUCUUCUCCAACGCCACAGAGGAAUCACUAAGCUGCUGGACCCUGAAUGCAUCACAGAUAGACCCCUUCAAGUUGGUUGAGAACUCCUCAGAUGUGUCUGUAGUUUCUCCGUCUGUCCAGCAGGAGGAGACAAACUCUCACAGACAAACUGUUCAUGUGAACUGCAGCAGCAAUGAGACAGGUUGUGUCAGGUUUGUUUGUGAUGUCAUGGCGUUGGGGCGGGGCUUCAGUGCUGUCGUCAGGAUCUCAGCCCGGCUGUGGACACGCACACUCACACAGACUCCGUACCUGAACUAUGAGCUUGUUUCCUCCGCCUCCUAUAAUGUCAUCAACGCAUCAUCAAAAGUUCAACUGCUGCUGCUGCCAAGUGGACACACACAGACUCAGGUCAGUGUGUUGUGGCGUCCUCCUGAUGGAGAGAAAGAAGUUCCUAUUGGCUACAUUGUCCUGUCAAUCAUCUCUGGACUACUCCUCCUUGGCCUGUUCUGUUUCAUCUUCUGGAAGCUGGGUUUCUUUCAGCGCACUCGUCCUCCUACUGAUGAUGAUGAGGGUGAAGAUGAAGAGCAGCAGCUGGCUGAGGAGAGUCACAUGACUGAAUAAGACAGACACACACACACACACACACACACACACACGGUCACAUGACGUCUUCUUCACAUUUUAAACAGUUUCAGUUUGAAUCAAUACGUUUUAUAUUCAAUCUUAAACUGAUAAAAAACUGUUUGUGUUUUUAGUUUCAGUUUAACAACAUAACAACAUAACAACAAACAGUAAAUGUCAGCGUCUCGAGAUAACUUCUGUUGUGAAUUGGCGCUAUAUAAAUAAAAUUUGACUUGACUUGACUUGACUUAAAUAAAUACAAACAAUAGAAUAACAACAGAAAUGAAACUAAACCUUCACAUGGAGCCGCUGAGUUUCAGUCUGACAGAUGGAGGAUCACACUGAUUCUAUUAACACACACACACACACAGGUUGUCAUGCCUUCAGACAGUGUUCAGGGUUUAGUUGUUGCCUGACAGACGAGACUCAGGGCUGAAAACACAGGUCACUCAGAAGCUCCGCCCACCAGUUUUCUGUCUAUAAGAAGUUUGUUUUCAUCCCUCGCUCUGCUUCAGCACGCUUUUUAAAGCUCUUUAUCUUUCAUUUUAUUUAGUUUCACUUUAUUUAAAUUCUGUUAUUAAGUCUUUUACUUGUCACAUGACAGGAAAGAGUUGUUGUUGGAAGAUGAUGAAUAAACAUCUGUUUCUUUUGUUCUUCA